AUGGCAUCAUCUCCAGGGAUGUCUUUCCCUCCCGGUCGAGAUUCAAAUCAAUCACCGCCCUACUUUAUAAGCCCACCAUCGCCUUUUCCCCUGAUCGCAAACGAUUCCAUCUUCACAUUUCCCAUAUUAUUGACCAAUUUGAUCUUCACAAAUAACAUACCAUCACUCGUAUCACUAUCCUCACUUUGUGCUUCAUUUUACCAAAUACAAGACCCUAAUUCGACUUAUUUCAAUAUGUCUGUUCCUUCGUCAAACGUGCCGGCUGCAACUGAUGUGAUUGGUCACAUCAACCCACUCUUUGACUUGCCUGAGACUCGGGUGGGAGACAAUCAGCCAGCCACUUGUGCCAGGCAAGACCCUUUAUUGAGGGUCGGAACUCCAGCUCGAGAUGCUUUUGAUAAGAACAAUCAGAUGACCGUCGAGGUCCGUUUCAAAAUCUACACGGACAAGGAGGUCGAAAUCAACGCUCCGACUACAAGCACACCAAAAGUUGGCGCUGGUAAGAAAACUGCGAAGGCUGACAAACUCAAUUUGAUUGAUUCGAAAGCAAUCAAUACCGGCUAUUUAGAAAUCAAGAGUUGUCUGUUUGGCAAGAGUUUAAAAGAUUUCAAGGCGCUCGUGGCUGGAGCGUGUGAAGAGUUUGAGGGUGGCAUGAAGAACAUCAUCCUCAUUAGUGAUUUUGCGCCAGACCUGAAGUGGAAGACCACUGUGGGACGCUUCAAAUUUGUCCUUGAUAGUGCUAUUCAAUGGCAAAACUUUGUCGAUGCUUUAGACAAAUUGGUCAAGAAAAAAGGAUUACUUUUGAUUGAAAACGAUAACGUGCAAGUGAAAGCUAAAGUGGUCAAUAAGGAAUCAGCGACUAAGAAACUUAUUGCCGCCGCUAGUCGAGAUGGCGCGGAGGAACAUGAAUCCGAGGAAUCCAAAAACAAGAGAGAGUUAAAAACUCUCGCCAACCAAAUUUUUAGCCAACAUGCAAUUGGAACUUACGCGGGAGGGCCUGGAACUGUGUUGGCGACUCCUUGGGAUCCGAACUGUCGAUAUCGAUUGACCUACCCAGCUGCGUGGAUCUGGGCUAAAGGAGUGGCGGCAAAAAUUGCGACGACCUGGAUACCACCUAACACCGCUGAGUUCCGCUACGAAAUCAAAAAAAGCGAGUGGAUCCACCCCGACAUGGGGGUGGAAGAUCGUGUUCAAUUGCGAUUACAGGGCCAUCCGCGUCGAUUGGAGGCCAUCAACGCGCCCUCCAACUCAGUCCACCCACCCCAAACUAGUGGUUCGAGUUCGAUCAAACGCACGUUGACCCAAAAACACAGCUUGUCCAAUUCAAGCGUGGGGGGUGAUGUGAAGCCAGACUUAUCCAAAUUGGGUGAAAAACGUGAUGUGUCCUCAUCAAACGAAGUCAUUGAUGUUAAGCCUGAUUUGAAGAAGAUCAAGUUGGAAGACCAAGAGAUCACCAACUCGUUUAAUAAUCCGAUUUAUGUUUCCAGCGACUCUGAAAGUCGCUGGGAAAGUGACUUUUCGAGUGGCGCUGACGAGAUUGAUGUCGAAAAUCCCAGCUCCGCUCGCUCCGUUCAAAUGGAGUUGUUCCUCGCGGACUGUAACAUCGACUUCCAAGAUGAGCAAACUCGAAAGCUCAUUAGAGAGGCAGGAAUCUUGUUGUGGACCGACUUGAUUCCUAGUCUCCAACUCACCGAGGCCACCCUAACCUCCAAGGGAAGCGACCGUCAGAUUGCCCACCGCCUGAUGACGGCAGCUCAAGCACGUUUUGAAAAUGGACAUGACUAA